AUGGACCCCACAGCAGAGAGCGCGACGCUGCGGGAGGCGCUGCGUGUGCUCCAGGAGCGCUACGACCGUCUCGUCGAGUCGAGUGGCGAGCACAUCCGACAGCUGACGGACGAGAACGAGGUGCUGGCCGAGGCGAACCGCCUCCUGCUCGAGCGGCAGACGCAGCAGCAGACGACACGUCUUCCAGACGCUCCGAGUCUUUUCCAAGUGCCGGACGAGCUGCUACUGGCCGUUCCCGAGCCUCUGAUUCAGUCCCGUGCGACACUCGAUAAGGUCCACGCGUUCGGGAACUUGUUGAGUGUCAGUGUACACGCUACAAGGCCCACUCUCGUCGUCACGGGGGGAGCGGACAAGUGCGUGUGCGUGCACAACUGGGAGACGCGAGCGCUGCUCGUUGCGGCCGAGACAAGUGGACCUGUGCUGGCGCUAUCGUUCAACCCCAGUGCAGAGUACGCAGACUACUUUGUGGCCGCUGGCAUGGACGCCCGACAUGCGCUGUACAAGUUGGCGCAGCGGGGCGACGCGUGGCACGUCCAAGUGGUGGCUCAGUUUCACGACCACACACGGCAUGGCACGUUUCGAGUCGCGUGGAGUGCAUCGGGACGUGUGUUUGCAACAGGGGCGAGUGACAAGGUCGUGAACGUGUACCAGUGCUCCGGCCUGGACGAAGCAGGUGGCGUGAGCGGCCGCGAGCAGUGUACGAAAAUCAAGUCGUUCUACUUCAAUGGGACGAUCGAGGCGCUCGUGUUUGCUCCAGACGUGGUGUCCGAGAGUGCGGAUGCCAGUGGAGAACAGAGACGCGAAGUGCUGGUAAUUGCCGUGCGAGACGACUGCUACGUUCAUUAUGUCGACUGCGUGACGUUUGAGAAGGAAAGAGUCAACAUGAACUCGGACGGCAUCGAGCACGUGUCCUACACGAUUAUGGACCUAAGCCUAUCGCCCAGUGGCAAAUACUUGCUCGCAGCGACGGACUCGAACCGAAACUUCAUAUUCGCUGUGAAGCAGAAUGCGGUGUUACGCAGCUUUUACGGACACAAGGCUGGUCCGUAUAGCCAGCCGCGCGCUGUUUGGCAUCCGUCUGAGAAGUAUGUGAUCUCAAAUAAUGAAGAUAGCGGAGCGAUCUUUGUGUGGUCUGUUGCUUCAGAGCGUGUUGUGAAGACGUUUGACGCCCACGACGGCUUGGUGAGAGACCUCGCGUGUCCCGCGCCUGUACCCUCGACGGAAUCACCGAUGUUGGUAACCGUAUCGUACGACAAGCGAAUGAAGCUAUGGGAACUACCUCUUGCGAAAGCAGAUGCCGCGAUCAUGUAA